AUCUUUUUUACUAUUGUAUUGUUAAUGUACUGACGAAGAAUACGAAACCGGUCUACAUUAAUAAAUCAUAUACUAUUUUCAUUUCGUAUUGGUUGAUACUACACAUUUGAUCUUUGGUUGAUAAGACAAACUAGCUGUAUAAAAGAUAUACCUUCAAAAGUUUAUCAAGUACUGAACGAAAGAGGAAAGAGUUUCGAAAGUAAGAAACUAGGGUUUUUUCAGAAUAAAGUAACAAAUUUUAAAAAAUUUAUAUCUCCUCAACGAAGGGUCUUAGAGAGCUGGAAGUGAUCUCUUGUAGAGGACACUUUACUCUAUAAUGUACAAUAUUUAACUCAAAAAUAAAAAAUAUUUCUAAAAAAGUGUAAAAAGAGAGGGAUUACCUUUAAUUUUCUCUCACGGUACGCAACAGCAUUUUAUAAUAUAUAUACCACUAGAUAGAGGAAGUUUUCCUUACAAACCUACACAUAUCCCGUUCUGGGGUCAAAAAUUACCAUGAAAGUCAUAGUCGCCUGUAAUGAGGUAUUCGUGCAUAUGCAAGGUCGAAUCUGACUCAAAAUUAAAAAUCUUACACCAAAAUGUCUGUCAACAUGUUCUGGAUCUAUCAUUGGAAAGUACAAAAAUAACUCACUUCUCACGCUUGCAACCCUUUUUUACGGAAAUAAUAGCAGAAGAAAAAGAUUCAAGUGAAAAAAAUACCAGAUUUUCAAAGUUUUCAUUCUUUUCGUCUUUCGUAUAAUCUGCAUAGUUUUCUCGAUUGAUGUUCUGAAGUUAAAGUUUAGGUAUGGUUUGUAGAGCAUUUCGCAUCUCAUAUUCUUAGGAAAAACAUUAACCCUUGGGUCCUCAAGAAACAUGAGAAAAAUAGAAAAUACUGAGAACCGUUAUAAUUCCUAAGGAUGUGAUAGAUGGGAGGGACAUUAACAAUAUUCAAAAUUUUUCCCAGCAAAUGAUUUGGAAUCCAGGCUGGGAAAGCAGAGACUAAUCGAAAGUUCCAAGUGCUAUGAGAAUAUAUAAUUACUUUUCGAAAAAUAAAUUUCUAUAUAUAUAAUAAAUUUAAAAAAUCGAAUGAAAACAUUUAUUUCCAGGCGAAUAUGCGGCAUUUUUUCCAUAUUUUAACCUCUCUGGCUGUGCUCAUACACUCUCUCUUAGCCUCUCAACAGAAAAUUGCACUCAUACUAGAAAACCCAAUGAUCUUGUUUUACAUAGCAUCAGAGGAGAUUUUCACUUUUUCUUUCUCUCACUUUACUUUAUUUAAGUUCACCGAAUAGUCAAUAAAAUGUACACUUGUGAAAUUGACAAACACAGUUGAUAUACGUCCAUUGGAUAACUUAAGAUGUAUCAUGAUGGUCAUACGAUGGUUCAGCAACUGGACAAGCUGAAGGUGAAAAAUCGGAUAUUUAUUUAAAACCGGUAGCAAUUUUUCGUGAUCCAUUUAUAUCGAUGGGCGAAGUUAGAGUUAAUCCAGAACAACAACAUCCCGAACAUCCAGAAACAAAUCUUACAAGUUUUACGUGA